AUGGAGGACCCUGUGGGUUCGCGCCUCAGCAUGCCCAAAACCAACCAAAACCAGGGCGAUAAGCCCAACGGCAAAAGGCCAACCCAACCCAACAUCCCGCCCGAGGUCAGACAAUGGAUGCAGGAAACCUACGUCAAGGGCGAAGGUGAAAUUGAUCGCGCAGAGAUGCACAACCGGUACAGGGCCUUCUGCGAGUCCAGAGGCAUCCCGCCCAAAGAUCUCGCUAACUUUGGCAAGAUAGUCAAGAAUCUGUUUCCCGAUGCUGGCUAUCGUCGACUCGGCUCGCGCGGCACAAGCAGCGUGUCCCACUACGCUGGCAUUGUGCUUCGGAACGGCGAUCCGUCUCGAGCGGUCAAGUCACAACGGAAGCCCUCCUCGAAGGCUCGCCAUGCGGCCAAGCAGACGGAAGAGCAGACGCCGCAGCCCAUUUGCUUCGUGAUGGAGACGCCACAAUCGCUGGCUGUAUCAAAGAAGAGGCCAGCGCUGCAGGGCGAGAAGGGAGAAGAAGAAGAAGAAGAAGAAGAAGCGAGCGACUACGACGAAGAUUACAGCGACGAUGACGAAGAGGAGGAGGGAGAGUUGGCCGGCCUCCCGGUCAUCUCGUCACAACGACACAAGCGGCUGCAGGUGAGGACACACCGGGACUUCCGCAUGUGCCUCAACAGUGGACAGUCCAUGAACCUCAUGACCGUCAUCCGAGAGUACAGAGAUAUGUACCGAAAUGAGCUGUGGGGACUGACGCCGACCAAUCCGGCCAGCAUGAAGUCGCCGCUGAUCAAAUACAUUCUGCUCGAUGAGGAGGGAAAGAAGGAGAGGAGCUCUCUUUCCUUCUCGUGCCUGCUCAUGCUCUGCGUUGCGAGCUUUCUGAAUGGGGACUGGGGCUACUCUCGAUCGUUUUACAAUCUGGCGAGGGAACACCUGAGCGCGAUAGACUCCAAGGAGUACGACGUGGCUGCCGGUCUCGUUGCCUUUGGCUGGUGGGUCACCUUCUACGCCCACACCGCCGAGGAGGGUAAGCGAACGCAGCUCGAGCACGUCCGGCAGGGGCUCGACAUAUGUCACCACCUCAAGGCCUACAAUGACGAGGUCCAUUGGCUUCUACUGAGCUUGGAGAGCGCCAACACAACGCAGAAGAAGGUGGAGCUCAUCGAAGCGAGCAAGAAGCUUCCUCCAUAUAAUCGCGGGUGGAAGAACUUCAGGAACCUCAAGAGGCCGGCGAGCAUGGAAUGGGCAGAUAACUUCCGGCAGGUGAAUGUCAUGUUCCAGUAUGUGCUGUCUUCUGUUAGCGUGAUGAGAUCGAAGGAGCAAACCGAGGAGAAGAAGGAGCGGACACGAACUCUUUACGCUCAGCUCAACAAGUCAGUCGAAUUGGAAAGGGGCCUGAAGAACGCUAUGCACUCCAACCACAGGCCCUCCAUGCAGACGUUCAACAUGUUGAUGACAUUCAACUACUCUCUGCGUGCGAUGACCUGCAACCUGUUGGGACUGAGCAAGGACGUCAAGGCCGCGGAGGAUUUGAUCAAUUUCCUGCUGGGCGUACCGGCGCCGAUGAUGUUGAUCAGUAUUCACGGCAUAAGUUCGCAGUGUGACUACGUGCUCGUCAAGAACGCGGUCGACGUGCUAGUGGGUGCGGGGAAGCUGAAGCCCCUUCGGAUGCUGCUCCAGCGCAUCGAAGACAGCAAGAUCCAAGAGCCCUUCUACUGGCUCACCUACAUUUGUACAUACAUCGAGUCGAAGCUCAACGCUCCUCGCACACCCGCGCCGGUGGCCACUUCGCCUCCCUUCGCAGCCCCGCACGCGAGCUCUCCUCCCCACUACGGUCACUCGUCAUCCGGGUCAUCCUCUCCUUCCUCUUCGUCGUACUCGUCGCCGCCGAUCCCUUCCGGACCCGUCUAUGGCCGCCCGGCGCAACAUCACCGCCAGGCCCUCGUCGCGCCAGCGCACGAGCCCUUCGGGUACUCCGGUCAGAACCGCGAUGACAUACCGCAUGCUCGCCACAACCCCUAUCAGCACCUCCCGCACAUGCGUCACCACCCCGACCACGAGUACCACCAGGGUCGGGCGCAGGAGAGGCACUGGUCGCAUGUCCCGGAACCGCCGCAGGUGGGCAGCAGGCUCGCCUACGGCACGAUCUCUCCUCCGCUCGCCAACUCGUCGCCGACCUAUCCGACGCCACCAUCCAACGCCGAUUCGCCGGCCACGUCUCCCGUGCGAUUCGAUGCCGCCCCCACGUCGCCUCCGUUCGGGGUGAAGGGAUUCGUGCCCAUGCCGGCGCCGCUGCCCAUGACCUCGACCUUCUCGAGCUAUCGCAGCAGCGACAGAGACCACCAGUCCUCAGGCUUCGAGUGGUCGUCGCAGAUCGUCGGCUCCAGCCCAGCGAGCGCCAGACCCCCGAGCCAGCGCCACCAGCAUUCCGCCUUGCCGGCCUCGACUUUGCUUGGACCCUCGUCCGUCCACGCGUCCACAAGCGCAACCACCUCAGUCUCUGCGCCGAUGGUCGGCUUCCCCGAGACGCCGUGGAUGGAGUCCGCCGUGCGUGGAGGUGGCUACGGUGGUCACCGCCAGCCACAUGCGCCAGUCCCGCCGCAACACAACUACCAGCACCAGCACCAGCACCGCCAACUACCGCCUCAGCUUCCACCCGACUACCCUCACGUUCAUCAGCACAUGCAUCUGACAGCGCCAUCGCCGGCCGAUUUCCACGAGCUGAGCGCCGUCGCGGAUCCCGGGCUCUUGCAGUACGAACUUGAGCUGCUCUCGUGCCCCAAUGACUACAGCUUCGCGGAGGACGUGCGCGCACCUCUCGAGCACGGCCUCCGCUUCAACAACAACAUCAGCAGCAACAACAACAACAUCCGCCCGCCGGGUCCUCCGAACUGGCAACCCAACUACCGCGCCUGA